CAUAAUUUUUGAACCUCAACACUCGCUCAGUCUCUGAGAUCCUAAUUGACCACAAUGAACACAAUUAGAUCUACCUGGAUUGGAUGGGGUGCCCUUUGUGUGGCCGGGGGUGGCGCUUACUACUUCGCCAAAAAGUCCAUCAACGCCGACCGUGCUGUCCGAUAUGAAGCGGAUAUGAAACGCAAAGCCCAGCUUGCAGCCAUGGAGGCGGAAGAUCGUCGACAACAAUUCGUAUUAAAACCGUCAAGCCAACCGCCUAAACCUACCGACGACCCAUCAUUACGUCGUGCGAUCGACGUUUCGUGGUCUGGAAGAGAUGAUGUUGCGUCCCCCAGCGCCGAAGCCAGCCAGGAUCCCGCUCCGACUCGACACGAGCCAGAAACUGAUGAACAAAAAUUGCUUGAAAAGUCGAAGUACGAAGCGGCGCAAACCUUCCGACCUCCUCGUGGGAAUCGGUUUAGUUGAAGGCCUAUCAUUUGAAGAUAAUGUGUAUAUAUAUGUACGAGAACCUGCAUGGCUGGUAUCAAUUGACGGCGUUCAGUGUUUUAUACCUUCUCCAACGCUUCAAUAUGGCAAAGAAGAUUGGUUUAUGAAUCAUUUCACAAUAUCUAAUGAUAAUUCCUAGACGACAAUAAAACUAAGAGUUUCGUAAUGAUGAAGCGACAUCGAAAUCGAGAAGAACGCCUUAAUGCAAACCUCCUGACCCUC